AUGAUUAGUUUGAUAUCUACCAUCUUACUCAUGGUAAGAACGGUAGUUGGGGUACCAACUCAAAUAAAUAAUGUUGCGGAGAUAGAGAUAAUAGGAAAUAAGUUUUUUGAGUCUACUACUGGUGAGCAAUUUUUUAUGAAGGGUAUUGCUUAUCAACCUAGCAGAAGCCUGCAAGAACUCGAAGCGGCUGAAGGCACCUAUGAGACGAAGUACAUUGAUCCAUUGGCCGACCCGGAAAUUUGUUUGAGAGACAUUCCUUUACUACAGGAGCUAGGUGUAAAUACGAUCCGAGUCUAUUCCAUCGACCCUACCAAAUCGCAUGAUGAAUGUAUGGAUGCUCUUUCAGAAGCUGGUAUCUACGUUUUACUGGAUCUAGCUGAACCGGAUGUUUCUAUUCCAAGGGACAAACCAGUUUGGGACGUUAACAUAUGGAGAAGAUAUAAAGAUGUGGUUGAUGCAAUGCACAAAUAUUCAAAUAUUUUAGGAUUUUUCGCUGGAAAUGAGGUGACAAAUGACAAAACCAACACUCAUGCGUCUCCUUUUGUUAAAGCUGCUAUCAGAGACGUCAAAGAGUACAUCAAAGGUCAGAAAUAUCGAAAGAUCCCUGUUGGUUAUUCCUCAAAUGACGAUGCAGAUACUAGAGAAAACUUGGCCCAGUAUUUUGCUUGUGACGAUGACCAUGCGGACUUUUAUGGUGUUAAUAUGUAUGAAUGGUGCGGGUACUCGUCCUAUGGAACUAGUGGCUACAAAGAGCGCACGGAGGAAUUUGAAGAUUAUCCUUUACCGAUUUUUUUUUCUGAAUUUGGAUGUAAUCUUGUGAGACCAAGACCUUUCACGGAGGUCGGCGCCUUAUUCGGACCAAAGAUGUCCAAGACCUGGUCCGGAGGUCUUGCAUACAUGUAUUUCGAGGAAGAAAAUGAGUAUGGUGUCGUCAAAAUAAAUGAUAAUGGAGAUGUUGAAAAGCUAGAUGAUUUUGAAUACUUGCGCAAUGAAUAUUCGAAGGCUAAGCCUGAAGGCACACAAAAGAAAGAAUACGCAAAUUCUGAGCGCAACAGAAGUAUCAAAUGCCCCUCCGCUGGUUCAAAUAAGGAUUGGAAGGCAAGUAACAAAGUUCCUCCAAAACCAGAUGUUGAAAAAUGUGACUGUCUGGGCACAUAUCUGCCCUGCCUCGUUGUUCCCUAUGAGGAUUCUACCAAAUAUCAGGAACUAUUCGAUACUGUUUGCAGUAAAGUGAACUGCUCUGAUAUCAUGGCGGAUGGUUCGAGUGGAGUUUAUGGUAAAUUCGCAGAUUGUUCCACUGAACAGAAGCUUGCCCUUCAGAUCAGCAAACUAUAUGCCAUCAAUAAUGCUGCCCAUAGCGCAAAUGAUAAUGGAGGAAAUAUAUGUCCCUUUGCGGGUAAAAAUGUUUAUUUCAACAGUCAGUACAAAAGCUUGUCGAAUGACGCCAAAUGCUCCAAAUUUGGGUUUGAUAUCAUGAACUUUCAGUCAAGCACAUCGCCUUCGGAAACAAUUGUCGAGAACGAUGGAAAUAGAGUCGCAACGGAUGUGCCAACACCAAAGGCCGGUUCCGGAUCUACCACGCAAUAUAAAAAUUCAGGAUAUGCAAUCUUAUUCGUAACAGUCUUCAUUGCGAGCCUUCUGUUAUGA